UGUGUGGAGAAGAUAGACACAAAGUGCUGGAGUAACUCACUCGGUUAGGCAGCAUCUGUGGAGAGAAGGAAUGGGUGACAUUUUUAGGUCGAGACCAUUCUUUGGUUUAAUUUAGUUUAGAGAUGCAGCGCGGAAACAGGUUUUUCGGCCCGUGGAGUCCGUGCCGACCAGCGACCAACCCGUACACUAGCACCAUCCUACACACAUUAGGGACAAUUUAGCAAAUGUGUUGAGGCCAAUUAAUUUACAACCCUGAACGUCUUUGAAAUGUUGGAGGAAACCGGAACACCCGGAGUAAAAUCCCACGCAGGUCAAAGGGAGAACGUACAAACCACACAGACAGCACCCGUAGUCAGGAUCGAGCCCGGGUCUCUGGCGGUGAGGCAGCAUCUGUACCGCUGCGCCAGUGUGCUUCGCAGAAUUAUAUAAUGGUUUCCCCCGCCAUAAACACACUCAAUAUGUGCUAGUAAUGUCCUGUUUGCCAGCUUGUUGACCCUCUGUGUUCCCCUCCUGCAGGGUUUAGGAGCCGUUGCUGUGGACGGAGAGACAGGGACGUGAGCGGUUAUUGUGGGCGGCCAGGGUGCCGGUGAGCCACCACCCCCUCCCAUCUGCUCGGUGUGCGGGCUGAGCUUCGAGGGGCUGAACUUCAAUAAGGGACCACAUGAUGGCACACAACAAGGAGAAGCGUUAUGAGUAUGACGUGUGUGGCAAGGCCUGUCAGUUCCCGAGCCAGCUGGAGACCCACCCGCGGGUGCACACGGGAGAACACCCCUUCACCUGCUCCGACUGCGGCAAGAGCUUCAAGACGGCGAAGAUCCUGAAGAUCCACUGGCAGGUGCACACGGGUGAGAAGCCCUAUGGCUGCUCCACCUGCAGCAAGAGCUUUGCCCAGUUGAAGGGGCUGCGGGUGCACCGGCGGGUGCACAGCAGUGAGCGGCCCUUCACCUGUUCCAACUCCGGCAAAAGCUUCAAGUCAUCGCCAGAGCUGAAGUUGCACAGGCGCGUGCACACCGGGGAACGACCGUACACCUGCAGCGACUGUGGCAAGGUCUUCACCCAGUCCAGCAACCUGCUGGUGCACCAGCGCACCCACACCGGAGAGCGCCCCUACACUUGCGCUCACUGCGGCAAGGGCUUCACCCAGUCCGGCAACCUGCUGGUGCACCAGCGCACCCACACCGGAGAGCGCCCCUACACUUGUCGCGGUCACUGCGGCAAGGGCUUCACCCAGUCCAGCAACCUGCUGGUGCACCAGCGCACCCACACCGGAGAGCGCCCCUACACUUGCGCUCACUGCGGCAAGGGCUUCACCCAGUCCGCAACCUGCUGAAGCACCAGCGCACCCACACCGGAGAGCGCCCCUACACUUGCGGUCACUGCGGCAAGGGCUUCACCCAGUCCGACAACCUGCUGAAGCACCAGCGCACCCACACCGGAGAGCGCCCCUACACCUGCGCCCACUGCGGCAAGGGCUUCAC